CUCACUGCUCUCCCUCUAUUUAUGAGGCCACAAGUCACGGCUGAGUUGUUUCUGGUUUACGAUCACUAUUCUCUCGAGGACGGCCUGAGACAGACACGUCUCAACAGCCAUACUGAGACGACUUGCGAGACGACUUGUAAGCCAACCUUGUGGUGAGCGCCGCAAGUGGGGCUUAUCUGCGGAUCUCCACAGUUUUUUUUUGUUUGACAAUCGACUCUAAUUUCGAUAACUCGACUGCAAUAAUUGUUUACUUCCAAAAACGUUCCUAUCGAACAGAGGAUUAAUUACACCCUUUUGAUUAUUACCACUCUGACUGUGUUCAAAAUGGCUCCCAAGCGUCUCCGCGACACUGACGAGCCGGGCGACUCCGUGAAUACGGAUACUCAGGCGCCGAAGAAACAAAGGAAGGGCUUUACAGUUGGACCGGAGAAUCUGCCCGACGGCACCUAUCGACGAAAAGCGCAAAAAAUCAAAAACGACUUGAUCCAAAAAGCCAAAGUGAAAAAAGCAUACGCAAAAAUCAAAGCGGCAGAGGCGGAAUCGGUGCCGGCACGAUCGAGUUACUAUAAUUAUGAUGACGAAACACGUGCGGAAGAAGACGAUCAAGACGCAGCCGAGAAAUCGCCGGGUUUGGAACUGCAUCCUGAUCGACUUGCAAUGAUCAGUGCGGAGGGGAAUGGGAGUAGCAAUGGAGAGAAGUGGGAUAAUAGGCAUCAAGGAGAACGCGGCCGUCGAAGGGAGAGACGGCCCAAGCCAUCGGCGUUUACUAAAGAGCUUGAGAUAGCAGAGAAACGAAGGCAGGAAAAGGAGGCUCGCGAGAAAGAGAGGAACUUAAAGGCCAAGGAAAGGGAAGAGAUGGUGAGGGCGAAGAAGCCUGACCAGUUUGGCAAGCGAAGGCUAGGUCGAGAGAGUAAGGUACUUCUGAGCAAGGUUCAACGUCUCGUUGGGCAGUCCUAAGCUAGACCAAUGUCGUUGUACCGUUCGACUUGUUUGAUUGUAUGAUACCCAACUCAAUCUAUUAUGGAGUUACAUUAUAGACACAGAAAUUCUAU